GAAAUCAGUGACAUCAUAUCAGGAGUUUUAUAAAAGAGAGAAAAUUAACAAGCAUGGUGUCCAAAUUGCUUUUAAUAUCCAGGGCGAUAUAUCCUGCCUUAUAUCAAUGGUUCAGGCUGGUGGUGAUGGUGUGGGGGAUAUUUUCUUGGCACACUUUGGGCCCCUUAGUACCAAUUAAGUAUGGUUACAACAUCUCAACCUACAGUAGUUAACAACUCUUCUGUUUGACCAUUGUGCAAAAUAUUUACUUUUUGCUGCAAAGCAAAGUCCAUUCAUGCACAAUUAUAAUGUACUACUUUGCACUGACUUCACUAAAUUAACUCUUAACUUUACCCCAUCAACAGGUUUGCAUUUCAGUUGAAGGGAAUAAAGGUGUUCAAUGAUGAAUUCACCCACACUGUGUGAUUACACAAAGUAAUGUUUGGUUGAUCGAAAUUCUAAUCUAAGCUUUUUUGUUUUGUUUUGUUUUUUUCCACAAAUAAAAUUAUAUUACACGUUUAAUGUUUUCCAAUUUGGAGGUUUUUGACUAAUGGUUUUACAUUUUGACUUUGUACAUUAUACUGAGUUUCAAACCAUGAAAUUAAAUAUUCACACAAAACAAAGUAUUACAUUUACAAAUUAGAUUUUUUCAAACCAGUCAUAAAAUGGGGCUGCACUGUGGUGCAGUGGUUAGCGCUGUUGCCACACAGCAAGAAGGCCCCAGUUUGAAACCCGGCUGAGGAUAUAAAACAGAAACACCAACUGGGGAUCAAAGCGGCCAAGAAGAUGAAUGAUUUAUGUUAAAGAAUUUUUCAAAGUCAAAACUUUGAAAAAUAUGCCCAACAAAUUAAUGGUAUACACUAAUUUGCGUAUUUUUCACUUUCAAGUACAUUAUAAUAAAAUGUAUAUUAGAGUGUAAUAUUACAAUAUGAAAUUGUAAUAUUAAAAGUAAGAUGAAAUUAGAAAAAAGAGAUUAUAUGACAUUGUUUCACUCUCAAGACAACAAAGGGAAUCUAAGUAUUCAGCAGGGACAUCCUCACCCCUGAGAAUGCUGCUGCACACUAUUACAUGUGCUGCUCACGGUCCCCUCUCCUCUCUACCCUUGCUCCACGGUGCCUGUGAGUGGUUUUGAGUGUUUGACAAGUUAAAUUUAGCCUAUUGAUGUAAGCGUGCAUUCCACUCACAACAGAGGCAGAGACACACUGGCAGUUUAGCUUUAGUGUCCGGGACUGUGAAGAUCAGGAAAGAUCUCACCACUUUGUUGUGAGUUGACCCCUGAGCGUCCGUGUCUUCCUUUCAAGGAUACAGGGACACUGUCACAGGAAGCGUCAUGGAUCUCGGAAAGAAGCUCAGCACUCCAAAAGACAUCAUGUUGGAGGAGCUAUCGCUGCUCUCCAACAGAGGCUCUCGCCUGUUCAAAAUGCGGCAGAGGAGAUCAGAGAAAUACACUUUUGAAAGUAUUCAAAAUGAAGCCAACGCGCUGCUGAAUAAUGAUAUUCUAAAUCGAAACAAUGUAGAUUUUAUGGUGGAUCCAUCCGCUCAGGGAGACCAAAAAGCAAAAAAUCCAGCUUCAGAUAUGAGCGAAGAAAAAUCAGACGGCACAGGUAUGCACAAGACCUAUCACACGCCGUGGGAGGAGGCCAUCCUCAGUGACCCCGACCUCGCUGAAACCAUCAAACUCAGAAUGCCAGAACCAAACCCACAAGCAGAGCUCCCCCAGUUCAGAUGCUUCAACCGGGUUGCAACUCCUUAUGGAGGCUUUGACAAAGCUCCCAGAGGAAUCACCUUCAAACUCCCCGAGGUGGACCUGACCCCGCCACCAUUCCCAGAGUUGAACGAGCCGAGGAUGAAGAGGCCCACCUUUAACCGGACAGCCCAGGGGUGGAUCUCCGAAGGCACACAUCUGAUCAUCCCAACCAUCACCCUGGAGCCCACGUGUGUUCCAGAGUCUGACGAUCUGUAGAAGAUCAACUGGAUUGAGUGAAACAUACUACAACAUGUAGUUUUUGGGUUAAGCAAUGAUGAAAAAGAAACCUGCGCUUCUGAGUUAUUUCCAGUUUAAAAAAAAUGUGAAAAAGCAGCAUAUCUGUUGUGUUAUUGUUAGUGUAUGUCUGUUGCAGUAAAAAGGAAAAUAAUAAUAAUAAUAAUAAUGUGACUUGUAACUCCCUCAUCACUUGGAAAACUUUAAAUCUUAAUAUUUAAAAUGAGGGAUGAACAACUAUUGUAAAUAAAGAAUAAAACAUAUUUAUUUAUCGUACACGAAGAACGUGAGAGAUCAAAGGUAAAUGCAAUUGUUUUCUUUUUGCAGUAAAAAAGCUGAACAUCCCUGAUAGUGAUGGAAAUGCUCAAAGUUUGACAGUUACAAUCAGCAAAGCUACAAAGAACUGGAAAAAAAACACAACUAUAUCUCCAAAAUAAUGUAAAGAACAUCAGGGCUGAGUUUGACAGCUUGCAUAAAAAUAGUUUAACUGUGCCAAAAUCCUUAGAAGAAAUCUAUAACAAUCCAAUAUUUUGUUUGGUGAUAGUUGUGUCAAAUGAAAAUGCAGACGAGACAAUAUUUAAUUAUUUAUGAGUGUCCUUCAGCGUCUUACUUUUGUUUUCCACCUAAACCCCCGACCACUAGUUGGCAGUACAACAUACGGACGAGCCUCUUUGAGCAGCUUUACACUGCAACCAAAACAACAAGAUCUGGCGAGAACCAGUUUGUGUUAAAAGUUCAGCCAGCCUUUUGGUUUUGUUGUUAUUAGAUAUGUACUACUCGGUUUCUACUAGGGGUAGGUCCUGAAAAGAUACUUUGUACCACGUUGCCAGUAAUGUUGAU